UGAAAAGUUAUCGGCAUUUCCAUAAGUUUACAGAUCAAUUAUACGUGAAUUGUGCUUUUUAAUUAUGUCACUAAACGAUUUACCUGAUAUUUGUCUUUGGAAAAUCUUUGGAAAUUUCCAUGAGGCCAAAGAUUUGAUUCGAUUGUCUAAAGUUUGUUCUAGAUGGUCCGAUUUAAUUACACCGAGAUUUAGGCGUGUGAAAUAUCUUCAAAUGAUGGACGUUGAUAGUAAUGAAGUUGAUUAUAUAAAUGCGAACAGUUUGUGGAUUAAUCCUAAUACGAAUUGGAAUGAUUAUAAUUUAUUCGAAUGGUUUCCGAAUAUUAAGGGAUUAAUCGGUAUGGAUCACUUACUUAAAGAUGGUUACUUGGAAAAUAUCGAGAUGUGCGCUCCAGAAUUUAAUUUCGAUUAUAAAAAAGUUUUUCGACCUGAUCAGUUAAAACAAGUUCACAGCCGAUACUUUUAUAUGGAUGAUCUUCCAUCAUUCAUUGAAUAUUUUCCGAAUUUGAAGCGACUUCACUUAAACCUCUGUAAAGAGGACCCAGUUUUUUACAACUUUUGUGAAGUUUUUUACAAUGGCCUGAAUUUGUCCGCGUUAAAGAUUCUUGGACUUUGUACAAACGGCUUUGCUGCAAAAUUUAAUGGAUUUCAUUUUAUGAACUUUUGUCCAUCUUUGGAAAGCGCUUUCUUCCUGUGUAUGUCAUAUGAUAUUCAUGAAGAUGAGCCGAUAAAGAAUUACAAUCUAAGAGAUUUGGUUAUCGAGAAUCUUUGCUUUGGUUGUUUUCUGUGGCCACCUCUUAAAAAACUGGUGUCUAAAUUUCCUAAUUUACAACAUUUAGCAAUCAGAAAUUUUGAUAUGCUUGAUGAUAGCCAUCUUGAUUUAGAAGAAUUGAUACAAUUAAUACCUAAGUUGAAGAUAUUGGACUUACGGAAAUGUGAGAAAGUGACGCAAAAAUCAGCUGAUUUUCUGUCCAAAUAUUGUGUCAAAGAGAAUCGAUCAAUUGCAUUAUAUUACGAUUGUGAAAACGAACCCACCGAAUGGCCUAAAUUGGUGGAUACUUACGAACCAAUUUGCUAUGGAUUCGAUUUCAUGAAACAUUGUUUUUAUAAGAACUUUUCCUACCAUCCGUAUCUGAUUGAUGAGUGAAAACCUCACAAUCCUUGGUAUCUUGCGAGAACUUUUCAGCCGAUCAGACCAAGUGAAACAAGAACAACAGAUAAAUUUUCGUUAAUACUUAGUAUUCAUACUAAUAUAUCGACUCAAGCUGAUGACUCAGUCACUUCAACAAUCGACUGACUUGAAUCAAUCAAAAUGCCAACCAAAUCAUGAUGUUGAUUAUUUACUACAGUAAUAUUCCCACUUGAGUUGUAUUUUUUUACUUUAUACAUCUCUCAUAAUUAAAGGUAUCAUAUCACAUUUAAUUGUAU